AUGAGUAACGCUUCAACAAUAAUUACCAAAAGAAUUGAUCCAAGUGAAUUAUCUUUAUUUCAGGGUCAUGUUGUGAGAUUAAUCUGCAAAAUAGUUAGCCAGCCAAAUAAUGGGUCCAUUGUAUUAGAAAGCCCCAGCGAAAAUGGUAUGAUUAGAUUAGAACAAGUUAAAAUUCCAAGUGAGAUAAAUGAUAGAAUAACACAGGAAAGAAAAGAGGCUGGUAUUAAAUGGUUUGAAUUUAUAUGCCGUGUUGGUGAUAUGGGUGAUUUAUCCUUAAUUAUAUUAGACGUUGUUUCUUGUGUUCUGCCUAAUAAUGAAGAAUUAAGUGUAGAUGGCUUAGUUUGCUUAAAUAAAUUGACCAAAAAAAUAUCAGAUGUUUAUGGUUAA